AUGAGUGUACAUCGCAAACGUAGGGUACGCAAUUUGGAUCUAGUUGAUGAGCUUGUAGAGGGUACACCAGUUUUAAUUUACCUUAAGGGGGAUUGGGUAGAUGGCAAAAUUUUUGAUGUAAGGGAUGGUAAGAAUGGGUAUCCACUGGUAACGGUCACCCUUGGAAAUGGAGCUCAAGAAACGCUUGAUAUCGCAUACAUAUCUAUUAAAAAUGGCAAAGAAUCGCACUAUCCAGAAAGAAGAAAGAGUUACAGCAAACAUGGAUCACAUAGAAGUCGUUCAAGGGACUCUGAAAGUUCAUCUAGACGGUCUACAAAGUAUAGAAGACAUGAAUGUAGGAGUCUGUCUCAGGAAAGAUACAGGAGCAAACACCGAGAAACUGAUAAUUACCCUCGUUCAAGUAGUAGCAAGCAAGAUCUACUAAACGAAUUCAAAAGGAGGGAACGCGAAAAAGCAUUGGCUACAGGAAAGGGUUAUGCAAAAAGACCGACUUCCUACAAAUCUUCACUAUCCUCCCGUCUAGAUGCCAAACAUGGCAGGUCAUGA